AGACACCAAGGAGGUGCACUUCCUGUGUUUCGUGAGAGAAGAAUGGGGCAGGAGAGAGGAGAGAGUUAUGUGUUUUUCUUUGCCAGGGGGGGUCCACACAGGCAAUCACGUUGGCAGUAAAGUGGAGAGAAAAGAACUGAAGAAGGAGGCAGACUUUAGUUUGAUUUAUUGGAGAGCUCCCUGUACAGCAAUAGCGAGUGAGAGGACAAGACAGAGAGAAGGAGGAGGGGAAAGAUAAGUGUCAAUCUGUUGAGACUUGUUUGGGAAUUUGAGGAAGGAGGGGAGAGACACACACAGAGAGAGAGAGAGAGAGAGAAGCAGCAAGAGGGAAAAGUUCAGGCGUAAACAUUACGUUUUUCACAAGACUUAGAUUGAUAGAUUUUUUUGAUAGAAAAGGGUAAUGGUUUAUUUAUUUGUAGAAAAGGAGGACAUUUGUUGUGUCACUUAGACAAUGUGAAUACAAGGAAUGAAUUCUUAUGUGUUGUGCAAUAGCAUGCUUUUGAGCUGAGCUGAAAUUGGGGAAGACCGCAGAUCUCCCCAGGAUACUACAUUCAGGUUCUUCAAAUUAUGAUACUAUGGGGACCAAAAGGCCCAGCUGCACCCUUUUUGACACUUUAUCUAACAUAAACACAUCUGACCGCAAACUUCAGCCAGGUGGAAAAAUCUCCCGGGAUCCAAGUCCCAGGCCAGCAAUGACUGCCCAGUCGGAGAAAGUGAGAGACAGCAACCGCGAGGAAGAGUGGAGGAGAGAAAGAGAAACAGAGAAAAUGAGGGACAAAGCAAGAUACAAAGAUGUGGACUCACGGGAGAGAUACAAGGAAAGAGACAGAGCUCCUGCACCCCGGCCAAGAGAGGGAGAAAGAGAGUGGAGGGAGAGAGAAAGGAGGCAAGAAGAUGACAGGAGCCGAAAUGGGAGGCCGCUGUCAAAUGUAGAGAAAGCUGCUGAGACAGAAGUGGAGAGGGGGAUGAAGAAAGGUGACACAUUUCCUAGAAUGAGAAAAAACAGUGCAGAUCAUGGCAGAAGAAUGACCGCCACCGCUGAGACAGAUGAAGAGAGAAGGGAAAGGAGACCAAGAGAUAGGCCGAAAAGAGUAGAGGCAGACGACUGGGAGAGAGAAAGAGAUCGAGUACGGCACAGAGAGAUUUACAGAGAGAGGGAAAGGGAUGAGAUCCGAAUCAGGGCAAAGGAAGAAGGGCAAAACACUGGACGAAGACCUGUUGAAGACGAGAAAUCGCGUCAGAGGGAAAGAUAUGAGUUUGAUGUUGAUUUUCAGGACAGGAGAAGGUGUGAUUCAUUGGACAGAAGAGAGAGAGAUAAUGCUAGAAGGAGAGAGAAGCCGAGGCCUAACAUGGGAAACAUUGAGGCCAGGGUGUCUUCUCCACACAGAAGAAGAGACAGAGAAAUCUACUUAGAUAGGAAGGACAGGGAAAAGGCACAAAGGAGAGAGGGAAGGAGGGACACCAGGAGUGAGGGAGACAGCGACGAGAGGGAGAUCAGGAGGGAGAGAGUGAGGGACAGAGAGAGGGAGGAGUUGACAUAUCAACACAGCAGAAGUGAAGGGGACACCACAGGCAAAACAGAGAGGGAGAGACAUCGAGAUAGGCAAGGAUACCGGGAAGAGGAAAGGGAGAGAUACAGAGACAGGGACAGAGAGAGAGAAGUGGAUCGAUCCAGGAGGAGGGGAGUAGAGAAGGAUAGGGAGAGGUACAGAGAGGCUGACAGGAGGGGAGCAAGGGAGCCAGACAGGGAGGGAGCAAGAUGGAAGGACCGUGUGAGAGACGUGAAGGAUGAUAGGAGAGAGGGUGACAGAUACAGAGAGUAUGAGCAGAGGAGAGGCAGAGAAACAAAGGAAAGACAGGAAGAUCCAAGGUGGGAUGAUACCACAGCCAGAGGCAGCAGAUCCCAGAGCGACACAGCUCCCAGGGUGCCGCCACGAGCCCAGAGCAGUGGAGAGUGGAGCACCACUGAAAGUGACAGAGAUGUAGAUGAACAGACAGAUCCAGAAAGAGCUGCUGAAAGAAGUCAAAGGGAGCAAAAAAGAAGUGAGAGACAGGAGAGAAGAAAAGGAGAGACAGCAGGCAGAGUGCCAGAGCAGAAAAGGAUGUGGUUAGAGCCACAGAGGGGCAAGAAUAGUAAAGAAGAAUUUGUAGACAGAGACAGACACACAAGGGAGAAAGAGCGGAGGAGAGAACAAGAGAGGAGUAUGGAGUCACAGGCUGAGUGGGUAAGAGGGGGGCGGAGAAUAAAAGAGGAACCAGAUGAGAGGUAUUUGGACCAUAGCAGUUACAGAGGAAGGCAUGGAGGGAGAAAUGAGAACAAGGGGGCUCUAGAGAGGGAAUCGGAGGGUGUAAGUGUAGAUGGAGAGGAGGUGGGUGAAGUCUGGAGAGAAAUAGAUAAGGGAGGGAAGGAACAUCUGUCUGACACAGAUGGAGGGAUAGAGGGAAGCUGGCGGAGGGAUGCAGAGGGGGAGAACGUGACAGAUAACACAGAAGAGAGUGACAGAGAGGAACAGGGUGGGAGCGAUUAUUGGGCCCGCUCAGAGAGCGAAGGAGGAAGUGACUCAGGGUGGAAGCAAGAGAGAGACAGAAUGCUGUCAGGAGAGGACGGCUUUGUGACUCUGUCCAGCGGCGGAGACGAGGAGGACGAAAGAGAGGAAGAUGAAAAGUUUGAGGACUGUCAGGAGUUCUGGGAAGGUGAAGUUUCAUGUGAUGGCCCCUCACCUGUUGCCAUCAAGGAGCAUGAGGGAGACGAGCAGAGGGAAGAGGAAUGGAUAAUGGGAAAGGAAGAGACGGUUGAUGAAGACGAACAGGGGAGGGAAAAGCAACCAAAGUACGUCUUCUGUGUGAUUGGGCAAACUUUGCCUCGGUCAAAACCCGGACAGAUGUCACCGUCACAAGUUGAUCAGGCAAAGGGUGUGGAAAGUGAGAACCCAAAUUUAGAAAGUUGUCAUCAUUGUAGUGAUGACGGCACACAGCAACCUCAGCAUGACCUGCAUCUGACAUCAAGUAGAGAGGAUGAAUACCCGACCAUCAACCACCAGGACACAGAGGGCAGGAGUGGGUGUAACAUGCCAAGAGAGGAAAGGGCAGCCACGGGAGAAACAACUGAGGUGGAUAUGAGAUACAGAGUGUCACCAGAGCUUCAAAACACACAGACUGGAGAGAGAAUAAGGCGCAAGAAGGAGCACCCGUAUGCUGAAAUAGGACCAGUAAAAAGAGACUCACAGACUGAAAAACUCCUGAUAGAGUGGAGAGAGAAAAAUAAAGAAGGGGUGGAAAGAGAGAGUGAGCGACCUUUGUCAGUCCCCGUUAAUCCCUAUGGUGAUGUUUGUUCUCAAGUACAUUUUGAACAAAUUCAACCCAUCUUGGAAGGGAUUAACACCGGAGCAAUGAGCCCAGAAGAGGUGGAGGCCAUCCGGAUCCGAAUGAGCGGGGCAUGGAGCAUGUCUGACGAGCCCAAGCGUCAUUCCCAAGCCCCACACCUUAAAUGGGCCAAAAAUGUGGUGCGGGAGAUUCUGGGACGCUCAGAAGAACAGUUUUCAGAUGAACCUAACGCAGAGAUACCAGGAGACCAAGGGGUCAACCAGUCCGAGACAACGAUCGAGAACGACAAACAACAGGAAGUGGCUGCACAAGAGACCGCAGAGAUGCCAGUUGUUACACUGACAAUGGACGAACGGCACUCAGAGCCAGAGCUGGAGGAAGAAGAGCCGUUGGAGGUGGAGGGAUUGAGAGGUAUGGGGCUGAGCCAAGCCGACAUGCAUGCUGACCAGUGCGCAGCUAUGCAUGGUGACACACAGACAUACACUCAUGCUGACACACUGCUAGACACAGAAGGGAAGGAGGAUCAGAGUAUGGACAAAGAGACAGAGCCUUCGUAUCGCGUUUUAGAAAAGGCAGAUAGAGAGGUGAAAAUUAGCGAAGAGGCCGGUGAUGAGGUUAAUUUAUUAGAAAAGGAAAAAGAAGCAAGUAGAGUGAAGGAAGUUGAGAUGUAUUUAUCUGUGAGCAACACGCUGUACAAGCCUAACAGCUGCCCCAUUCUGAAUUAUGAAACUGAGCCUGAGCUCCUCAUUCCCUCUAGAGAGGCUGAGGGCCAGGAGGUGGAAGACAGAAUGGGUGAAAGCGAAGAAGAAAGGCAGGAAGAGGACCCUGAAGAGAGGGGUACUGGAGAGGAGGUGGGAAAGGUGAGGGAGGGAGAGGGGAGUACUGAGGUGGAUAGCAGAGAGGGAGAAAGGAAAAUAGAAGAGAGGACACUGACGAGCAGCUGCAGUUUCCGAAAUUUGGGCCCCGAGGCUCGAUUGCGGAGAAGGGGAAUCCGUAAAACUACUGAAAGAAGAAAAGGAGAGCUUGUAGAAGCAGAAGAAGCGGAAGGUGUUGGAAGGGACCGCAGAACCAGAAUAUUCUCUACAACAGAUGAUGAGGACGAUCGGAGCAAAAGCUGGGGAGAAGUGGAGCUGAGGAAUGUUUUGGAAACAAUUGACAGACAGAAAAGGAACUCAAGGUUUUUCAAUGCUGCACAGCUCUACCAGCAGUACAGCGAGGCCGCUCAGAACUUUGAGAUCCUGCGCCAGGCUCGCUCCGAAGUCACGUCUUUGUGCGAGGACACUGCCCCUUCUCCUGCUCCUUCACCUCCUCCUGCCCGCAGACCUCUUCCUCCCCUACCUCCUGUCCCGCACCCCCACUCCUUGUCCCACACAGGCUCCAUCAACAGUGUCAAAAGCUUGCCUCUCCCUGAGCCCCCCAAGAGUGAAGGCAGGCCUUCCUCCCCACGUCUAUCCAUCUCUCUCAGACAGUCAGCUGCACUGUGGCGGGAGCUGCCGGGGGUCAGGAACAGUGUUGAGCUGGAAGAGCUCACAGAGGACCAGAGGCGACUACAGGAGGUGAGAUUUGAGGUGGUGACCUCAGAGGCCUCCUACUGCAGGAGUUUGGACAUUGUUGUUGAACACUUUGUCAAGUCCAAACAGCUGGGGGCGCUGUUGACUACUCAGGACAGGAACUGGCUGUUUUCCCGGCUGGCAGAUGUUCGUGCCAUCAGCCACAGUUUUCUAUCAAAGCUGGAAGAGAGAGUGGAAUCAGACAUCAUGCACUUUACCGUGUGUGAUAUCAUCGCUCGGCACUGUCAGCGCUUCAAAAUGGUUUACGUGCCCUACCUCACCAACCAGUCAUACCAGGAUGCCACCUACCAGAGACUCAUGAAUGAAAAUCCAGGGUUCAAGCGGAUUGUAGAUAAAUUGGAGAGGAGUCCUGUUUGUCAGAGGCUUCCUCUUCGUUCCUUCCUUGUCCUUCCUUUCCAAAGGAUCACAAGAAUUAAGCUGCUGGUCCAGAACAUUGUAAAGAGAACAACUCCUGGUACUGCAGAGGCGACUCAGGCCAUCAAAUCUUUGAAACUUCUGGAAAAGCUGAUUCAAGAGAGUAACGACAGCAUCACUCAGAUGAAAAGCAUUGAGUCCCUGGUGUCUCUCAGUGCUAAGGUGGACUUUGAGUGCAGGACUCUUCCUCUGAUCAGUCAGUCUCGGAGGCUGGUGCGGGAAGGGCCGGUUACUGAACUGAUGGAUUUCUCUCUGAAGGAUACAGAGAGGAAAGUUUAUUUGCACCUAUUCAACGACUACUUGCUACUUUCAUUACAAAAAGAAGGAGGAAGGUUCACAGUAAUCGACCACUCUCCAGUGUCAGACCUGCGUGCAGAGAACUGCCGUGUGAAACUUCACUCCCUCCAGAAGAACCUGUUCCGGCUGCACAUGACACACAAAGCCCUGCUCCUGAGGACUGACACACAGAGUGAUAAGCUACGUUGGAUAUCUGCUCUUUCCCGGCCACAUACUGAAGUAGAUUUUUCUGCUGCACAAGAUUUCUCACAGAUGCAGUGUAUCCGAGCUAUUGUUGCCCAGCAGCCCGAUGAGCUGUCGUUGGAUAAAGCUGAUAUCAUAUUAGUGCACCAACAAAGCAGCGACCAUUGGGUAGAGGGGACCAGACUAUCUGAUCGGCAUCGUGGGUGGGUUCCCGAGUCCCAUUUGGAAACCAUAAGCAACUCUAGAGUACGACAACGCAACCUGUCAGAUGCCCUCAAACUGACAACGGCCACCGCUGCUGUUUGACUGGGAUGCUCAGACUGUGACUAAACAGAGGGAACGUCCUGUGUGCACCGUAAAAAAGGAUGAGACUCAGUUGUCUGCUUUAAACUGCUGGAAAAUGGACCAUGGACAUUCUGUGAUGCUGUAGUGUUGAAUUGUUCACAGCAACUGAAAUGCUGUAAGAAUGCAUCUCAGCGUAGCAUUGGAUCUCACUUGUUUCACUUGAUGGAACAAUAUAUUGCCUUAGAGCAAUGCAUGAACUGCUGAGGCCUGCCUAAAAGACAUGUGAAAGGACUAUGUGACUCUAUUAACUUUUAUUUACAGUACAUAACAAACUUUGUGUGUGCUGUAAUACAUCGAUAACUGUUGUUUUAAUAGUUUUAAAGGGAAAUCCUAUUUUUCCAAGAAAUGCUAUUUUUGGAAAAUGUAUUAUUAUGUGUGUAUAUUGAACAGAAUCUAAUAGUUGAGUGAAUGAUGUUUAUUGAAAAGUUGGCCCCUGCGUGCAGGAGAGCUGAAGAGAAUCAUACAAAGUGUGAAAGAUAGUUCAAAGAUGCACAGCUAACCCAGUGAUAACAUUUCAAUAAAUUCAGAUUGGUGGAAUAAAAUGACUCUCGAACAUAA